UAGCCCGCUUGGACAGCUGCGUAGACUGAGCGCGACACAGCAGGAAGGCAGGGAGUGCCGCGAGGAGGCCACUCACCAUGGCGCUGGGCUUGGAGCAGGCGGAGGAGCAGCGGCUGUACCAGCAGACGCUCCUGCAGGACGGGCUCAAGGACAUGCUGGACCACGGCAAGUUCCUCGACUGCGUGGUGCGGGUGGGUGAGCGGGAGUUCCCGUGUCACCGCCUAGUGCUGGCCGCCUGCAGCCCCUACUUCCGGGCGCGCUUCCUGGCCGAGCCGGAGCGCGCAGGCGAGCUGCGCCUGGAGGAGGUGUCCCCGGACGUGGUGGCCCAGGUGCUGCACUACCUGUACACGUCGGAGAUCGCUCUGGACGAGGCGAGUGUGCAGGAUCUGUUCGCCGCGGCGCACCGUUUCCAGAUCCCGUCCAUCUUCACCAUCUGCGUGUCCUUCCUGCAGAAGCGCCUGUGCCUAGCCAACUGCCUGGCCGUCUUCCGCCUCGGCCUCCUGCUCGACUGCGCACGCCUCGCCGUGGCCGCCCGCGACUUCAUCUGCGCGCGCUUCUCGCUGGUGGCCCGCGACGCCGACUUCCUCGGGCUCUCGGCCGACGAGCUCAUCGCCAUAAUCUCCAGCGACGGCCUCAACGUGGAGAAGGAGGAGGCCGUGUUUGAGGCGGUGAUGCGAUGGGCGAGCAGCGGGGACGCCGAGGCGCAGGCGGAGCGCCAGCGCGCGCUGCCCACCGUCUUCGAGAGCGUGCGCUGCCGCCUGCUGCCGCGCGCCUUCCUGGAGAGCCGCGUGGAGCGCCACCCUCUCGUGCGUGCCCAGCCCGAGCUGCUGCGGAAGGUGCAGAUGGUGAAGGAUGCACACGAGGGCCGCCUCACCGUGCUGCGCAAGAAGAAAAAAGAGAAGGGAAAGGAGGCAGCGGGGGCUAAGGCCUCUGACAAGGGCACAGCCGAAGCCAAGGCGGAGGAGGAGGAGGAGGAGGCUGAGCGAAUCCUACCCGGGAUUCUCAAUGACACCCUGCGCUUUGGCAUGUUCCUGCAGGACCUCAUCUUCAUGAUCAGUGAGGAGGGCGCCGUGGCCUAUGACCCGGCCGCCAACGAGUGCUACUGUGCCUCACUCUCCACCCAGAUCCCCAAGAAUCACGUCAGCCUGGUCACCAAGGAGAACCAGAUCUUCGUGGCUGGGGGACUCUUUUACAACGAGGACAACAAAGAGGACCCCAUGAGCGCUUACUUCUUGCAGUUUGACCACCUGGACUCAGAGUGGCUGGGGAUGCCGCCGCUGCCCUCGCCGCGCUGCCUCUUCGGCCUGGGAGAGGCUCUCAACUCCAUCUACNCGGUACCGAAUCGGGUACGCCCCAAUGUGCGCUGGGCGGUGGAUGCAUGCAGAGAUGCGGACUGACAGCGCCCUGCUCCCCUCCGCUCCAGGUCCUUCAAAUGGGGCGAAUCAGACCCGCUGCCUUACGCCGUGUACGGCCACGCAGUGCUCUCCCACAUGGACCUUGUCUACGUCAUUGGCGGCAAAGGCAGCGACAGGAAGUGCCUGAACAAGAUGUGCGUGUAUGACCCCAAGAAGUUCGAGUGGAAGGAUCUGGCCCCCAUGCAGACCGCCCGCUCACUCUUUGGGGCCACCAUCCAUGAUGGCCACAUUGUUGUGGCCGCGGGGGUCACAGACACAGGGCUGACCAGUUCAGCUGAGGUGUACAGCAUCGCGGACAACAAGUGGACGCCCUUUGAGGCCUUCCCACAGGAGCGCAGCUCGCUCGGCCUGGUCAGCCUGGCGGGGACCCUCUAUGCCAUUGGCGGCUUUGCCACGCUGGAGACUGAGUCCGGGGAGCUGGUUCCCACAGAGCUCAAUGACAUCUGGAGGUACAACGAGGAUGAGAAGAAGUGGGAGGGCGUCCUGCGGGAGAUUGCCUACGCCACAGGUGCCACCUUCCUACCUGUGCGGCUCAACGUGCUGCGCCUGACCAAGCUGUGACCCGCCCAGAGGGCCUGGCUGCGCUUCCCCGCCCCACGCUGCGGCCCUCCCAGGCCUGGCCUCCUGGGGGAGGAUCGGGGAGGAGUCUGGGAGAGGCAGGGCCCACCUGGAUCCCAUCCCAUCACGGUGCCUGAGGGGCUGCUUCAGCUGCCCAGUGCUAGCCUUUCAGGCAGGGAUGAGAAACUUCCAGCCUCUCUGGUAUAUCCAUUUCCCCCUGGUGUUCUUGGUCCAUGAAGCACAACCUCAUGGGUAUGUCCCUGGUACCCAGCCCAGCCUGGCUGUGCGUGCCAGUCACUCUCCCACAGGACUCAGUCUCCCCGGCUGUCGGAUGGGGAGUGUUCCAUCAAGUGUACCUUGCAGCCUGGGUAAGUCUCCUCCUGUAAGAAGAAUAAAGUGCCUUCCAAGCAGAGUGCUCAGGGUCUGGAA